UUAUUAUUUAAUAGAUGUUUCACUUUAUUUCAGUAAAUGUCUGCAAAACCACUGCUGUAAUUUGUUUGGUCCUGACAGCUGUCACUUUAGUCAGCUGUUAAAUAAUAACAAAUGCAAUUCGAAGUUUAAUAUGCUUGAAAGUGUUUAAUUAGGUGUUUAAAUUGGAGUUUCGGUGCGAAAUGGAGAAGAACGACAUUAAUUUCCAUCCCAUAAUCAGCUCCAUACAGAAGAUCGCUCUGUACGAGACGAAAUCACAUUUCUAUUUGGUUGGUUCGAACAACCUUCAGACAAGAUUCAGUGUGCUGAAGAUUGAUAGGACAGAGCCAAGGGAGUUGAUUAUACAUGAUGAUAAAGUUGAAUGGACACAGCAGGAGAUCCAAGAUCUCAUCAACAUGAUUGACUCUGGGAACAGGCAUUGUCUGACCAAUGUGACUUCUGCAUUUGGAAUAGUCGGAUUCAUAAGGUUCCUGGAGGGCUACUACAUAAUUUUAGUGACAAGACGGACCCGAGUCGCGGUGAUCGGGCAUCACACCAUAUACAAGAUCGAGCAUACGUCGAUGGUUUACAUUCCGCACGAUUCCGUUCGGCUUUUGCAUCCCGACGAGCCGCGAUACUUGAAGAUGUUUCAGGCCAUAGAUCUGUCCAGUAAUUUUUACUUUAGUUAUAGUUACGAUUUGACGCACACGCUGCAGCACAACCUGAGCUGCCCGAAGCGUAUAAUUCCGAACAUUCUUGACGACAGUUUGUUUUUGGAGGAGAACGAACCGCUGAAGAUUUACCCGCAGGAGAGCAAAAGCAAGUUGGACUUUGCGGUGCGUCCGAAGCCGAACAGGAAGUUCGUGUGGAAUUCGCAUCUGCUGAGCAAGGUGGAGAAGGUGUUGCAUUCCGAUUGGUUGCUGUAUAUUACGCACGGCUUCAUCGGCCAAUCGAAUAUGAGCGUUUUCGGUCGAUCGAUAUACGUGACGCUGUUGGCUCGCAGAUCGAGCAAGUACGCCGGCACCAGAUUCUUGAAACGCGGUGCCAACUUUCAGGGCGACGUCGCCAACGAGGUCGAAACGGAGCAGAUGGUCCACGAUUCAGGCGUCUCCAGUUUGAAUCAGAGCUACUUCACGUCGUUCGUGCAGAUGCGCGGUUCAAUACCCGGUCAUUGGAAGCAGGACAUGGGGAAGAUGGUUGCGAAGCCGACGAUCACCUUGGAUCUGAACGAUCCGUACGCGGAGACGGCCGGCGCUCAUUUCAACGAACUCCUGAAGAGGUUCGGAGCGCCGAUCGUCGUUCUCAAUCUGGUCAAGAAGCGCGAGAAGAAGAAGCAGGAGCAACUGCUCAGCGACGAAUUCAACGUCGCACUGAAAUACCUGAAUCAGUUCUUGCCGCCGGAGUUUCAGAUACAGUACAAGACGUUCGAUAUGGCCAGGAAGAAUAAAAGUAAUUCCAACGUGAUGGGUUCGUUGGCCGGCAUCGCCAGAUCCGCCAUAUCCAAGACCGGUUUCUUCCACAACCAACCCCAUUACUAUGCCCAAAAGCCACAGACGAUCGUCGGUCAAACCAACACCAAUUUGAUGUCACGCAAGUACGGAAGCAAGAACGUUCCGAAGGUUGCGACGAGGGGCAGCCUGCAGACCGGUAUAAUUCGCACGAAUUGCGUGGACUGUCUGGACCGCACGAACACGGCCCAAUUUGCGAUCGGUAAGUGCGUACUUGGUUACCAGCUAUGCGCCCUUGGCAUCCUGGAUUCUCCGAACCUGGAAUUCGACACGGACUGCGUGCGGAUGCUCGAGAGUCUCUACGAGGAUCACGGCGAUACCUUGGCCCUCCAAUACGGAGGAUCGCAGCUGGUGCAUCGUAUCAAGACGUACAGGAAGACGGCGCCCUGGACGUCGCAGGGUAACGACAUCAUGCAGACGCUGAGCAGGUAUUACAGCAACACGUUCUCGGAUGCGGAGAAGCAGAACACGAUCAAUCUGUUCCUCGGUUUGUUCGUGCCCGAUGAGAACAGACCGCAGAUCUGGGACUACACCAGCGAUUACUACUUCCACUUUAAGCCGCUCAACAGAGGUAAUCUGUUGACGCAGUGGUGGGAUCAGGAUGUGUUCAAAUCGCUGCCUUACUCGUACAACGAUGCGACGAAGGCUUGCUCGGAGAUCAUCCAGGUGCAGAGCAAAGAGAUCGAGAUGAUUGACGCUUACUCUGAUUACCAUCGACCCUAUCAGCUGAGCGUUCUGAACGAGCUCUUUGCGUAUAAAAUCUGCAAUUCUAUUAGGGACUUUAUGCCGAACUACACGAACAACUACAGUCCCUUCACCAUCCGCAUCCGGCCAGGAAGACGACGCGAGGAGACAACCAACAAAUACGCAACGAAGAAUCCUUCUCUGACCGGACAAAGUUCGACAAGCUCCACCACUUCGGGGACAAGCACCGAUUCGAGCGACUGCAGUGACACCACCGAUGAUGAAACCAGCCUCAACACGAACGAUUCCAUCAGCCAAACCAAAGACAUUCAAAACGAACUGAUCACAUUCGAGGGAUUGUUCCCGAGCAUGGGACAAGUCUAUGGAACAGAAAUAAGAAAUCCGAAAGAAGCGGAUCUUCUCUUAUACAAAAGGUAUGUGAUAACUGGGAGGAAGGCAACUAAACCAUCAGCUAUAACCAGUAGGAAAGUAGGUUUGAAACAGUGGAAGACGCAACCAAUUACAGGUAGCAGUAUGGAAGUUGAUCCACCAAAGGUAUCACCUGUAUCCAGAUCCAUCUAUGAAAUGUAUAUAAACACUCCGAUAUGCGGCGGUUACCAACCGAACCCCAAAGACACGGACAUUUACAACAACUACGUUAAUUUUAAGAUGUAACAAAUAGGAUUAAUUAAAUAAAACAUAAUGAUGAUAUACUGA